AUCAAGAACAAUAUCCGAUACCACGAAUCGAUGACCUGCUUGACCAGCUUCGGGGAGCUACGGUAUUUUCCAAACUGGAUCUGCGGUCCGGAUACUGGCAGAUACGGAUGGCGGACAACUCUAUCCACAAAACUGCUUUCCGAACUCGGUACGGAUCGUACGAGUAUCUGGUAAUGCCGUUCGGACUCACCAACGCACCGGCAACGUUCCAAGCCGAAAUGAACCACAUUCUACGACCACUUCUGGACGAGUGCGUGGCGGCAGAAAAACGACACCUGCUACAGUGGGACAGUGACAUCGCGUACCGGAAAGGAUCAACGAAAAUUUGGGUACCCAAUUACCCUCCUUUGCGCCAGUUACUACUCGAAGAAUACCACGACGUCCUAUACGCCGGCCACUUCGGUAGCAACAAGACGCUGACCGGUAUCGCGAAGCACUACUACUGGCCCCACUUGGCAGACGACGUUCAGAAGUUCGUCACCUCGUGUGAUACAUGUCAACGGAUGAAGAGCAGUAAGCAGAAGAAAGCAGGACUGCUACAGCCUCUUCCCGUCCCAGAACAACCAUGGCAAGUCGUUAGCCUGGAUUUCAUCACCGGGUUACCACCUACCACCAGCGGUCAUGACGCGAUCCUCGUCGUCAUUGACAAGUUCUCCAAAAUGGGACACUUCAUCCCGACACACACGACAGCACGCACCGAGCAGACAGCACAGCUCUUCGUUCGUCACAUCAUCUCACAGCAUGGCAUCCCAACCACACUCAUUUCCGACCGAGACCCCAAGUUCACCAGCAAGUUCUGGAAGGAACUUAUGUCUCUGCUCGGCACCAAACUCGCCAUGUCAUCCGCAUAUCAUCCGCAGACAGACGGACAGACCGAGCGCCUUAACCAGAUUGUUGAGCAACUCCUCCGAGCAGCCUGCAAGGACGAGAUCUCCAAAUGGGACUUGCACCUGCCCGUCCUAGAGUUUGCCUACAACAACGCUACACACGCCGCUACGGGACAGACGCCGUUCUUCCUCUGCUACGGACGCCACCCACUCACACCACAGAAACCGCUAACACCAGCAACAGUCCAACCUGCACACGACUUCAUCACAACCAUGCAUCAGCUUUGGGAUCGGACCCAUAAGCGCCUCCUUGACAUUCAACAGCAACAGAAGCGCCAGGCCGAUCGCCAUCGCAACGACCACACCAUCACGGUGGGGGACCAGGUGCUUCUCGACACCCGUAACCUGGACAUCAGCCAUCUCCCAUCUAAACUUCGACCUCGCUUCUGCGGGUCUUUUCUCGUUGAAGCACAGGUCACUCCUGUUACCUUCCGCUUACGCCUGCCAGCUACCUGGAAGAUUCACAACGCCUUCCAUGUCCAACUUCUGAAGCCCUAUCGGGAUCCUAACACGAUCUUCGUCGGACGCCAACCGCCGCCGCCGCCACCCGUCCUCGUCCAAAAUGAACCCGAAUACGAGGUCGAGUCCGUGCUUGCACACCGCCGUCGUCGGAAUGGUACCGUGGAGCUUCUUAUUCGCUGGAAGGGUUAUGAUCCUUCUGAGGACAGCUGGGUCUCUGAGACCGACAUGGGUAACGCCCGUCGUCCUCUGCAUGACUACCUUGUCAAGCAGGGUGUUACUUCUACCACCCAGCUUUGAGGGGGGGAAGUGUGAGAGUACGACC